AUGACAACAAAUCCCCCUCCCCCAGGAAUCCCCGAAAUCAAGCUCUCCUAUCCCACCCCCUCCAUCCUCCUCAUAACGAUCAAUCGCCCCAAAGACCUCAACUGCAUGAACAGCACCAUGAACCACUACCUGCACGCCCUCUACACCUGGUACGACGCGCAGCCCUCCCUCCUCUGCGCAAUCCUAACCGGCACAGGCCGCGCCUUCUGCGCCGGCGCCGACCUGAAAGAGUGGAACGCCUCGCACGAGAAGCCACCUUCCACAAACACAAACACUGACACGAACACAUCCGCAGCACUCAGCAGCAUGCCCCCCUCCGGCUUCGGCGGUCUCAGCCGGCGUAGCGGCAAGAAGCCCGUCAUCUGCGCCGUCAACGGGCUCUGCCUCGGCGGCGGCUGCGAGAUGGUCAUCAACGCCGACAUGGUGGUCGCGGACCGGCAGCGGGCCGUGUUCGGGCUGCCGGAGGUGAAGAUCGGCGUCGUGGCCCUGGCGGGCGCCCUGACGCGGCUGACGCGCACCGUGGGCCGGCAGCGGGCCAUGGAGAUGGCGCUGACGGGGAGGGCGCUGUCGGCCGACGAGGCGCGGGACUGGGGGCUGGUGAAUCGCGUCGUGGAUGGGGGCGAGGUGGUGGCGGAGGCUGUGAGGCUGGCGGAGAGUGUGUGUGCGAAUAGUCCCGAUAGUGUGAUUGUGAGUCGGGAGGGUGUCAAGUUGGGCUGGGAGGGCGUUGGGGCGGAGGAGGGAACGAGGCAGUUGAUGGAGCUUUGGUAUGGGAGGAUCGAUAAGGGUGAUAAUAUGAAGGAGGGCGUGAGGAGUUUCGUGGAAAAGAGGAAGCCGAAGUGGGUUGCGAGUAAACUGUGA